AUGUUUCUGGCCAUUUUUCGGUCACAAGAGGUCCCCAAACGAAUAACACUGGAAGAAAAACACAAAGAAUCGCGACGCGCGUCCACCCGUGGGCAGCGACAGACGGCAGGAGCGGCCCGGCGCAGCUGUCGGAGGGGUAAAUUAGGGGCGCGCAUUUCUCGGCGCCUGACGGCAGCGCACGCGCGUCCCCACCGGCGAUCGCUCACCGCCCACAGCGCGCCGCCGCCGCCGCCGCCCGGCCCCGGUGGCGGCCUCUGGGCGGCGGCCGCGGCGGAGCCCAAUGGGACGUGGGCGGCGCCGGUCCGGCCAAUGCGCGACGUCUCCCACCCGCACCCUCCGCCGCGCUUCGGACCGCUCCCUCUUCAGAGCGACCGCUCCGCUUCAGGCCGUUUCGCUUCAGACUGCCCCGCGCCGCUUCUGACAGAUCCGGUUUUUGAGCAGAUAUGGAAACAGGUUGGAGCAGAUAUUGUUGAAUUAAAAGACAAUAUUUUUACAGUGAAACCAGAUUUGAUACAGUUGACACUUACA